GGUGCCCUGCGGUAGGCCUGGGGCGACGCCUGUACCAAAGGUAACGGCGACUGCAAUGACCACGAUCCGCCGAUCGCCCAGAACAGGACGUGUGGGUUUCUUACCUCUCUGGGGGCGGCGGCGCGAUGGACAGCCCGGAGAUGACCUUUACGCUGGCCUACCUGGUCUUCGCCGUGUGUUUCGUGUUUACACCUAACGAGUUCCACUCGGCCGGGCUCACGGUGCAGAACCUGCUGUCCGGCUGGCUGGGCAGCGAAGACGCAGCCUUCGUUUCCUACCACCUGCGCCGCACUGCCGCCACGCUGCUGUGCCAUUCGCUGCUGCCGCUCGGCUACUAUGUCGGCAUGUGCUUUGCAGCCUCCGAAAAGCAGCUAUACUCUCCUGGGCAGGCCUCAGAGGCCUGGCAGCUCCUCCUCGUGCUGGCUGUGGCGCUCCCCUCUGCUGCCUGCACUCUGAUCUACUACUGGUCCCGGGACCAGUGGGCCCACCACCCACUGGCCCGCACGCUGGCCCUCUAUGCCCUCCCACAGUCAGGCUGGCAGGCUGUUGCCUCCUCCAUCAACACUGAGUUCCGGCGUAUAGACAAGUUUGCUACUGGGGUGCCAGGUGCUCGUGUAAUUGUGACAGACACGUGGGUGAUGAAGGUGACCACAUACCGUGUGCAUGUGGCCCAGCAGCAGGACGUGCACCUGACUGUGACAGAGUCUCGGCAGCACGAGCUCUCGCCAGACUCAAACCUGCCUGUGCAGCUUCUCACCAUCCACAUAGCCAGCAUCAGCCCUGCUGUGCAGCCCUUCGACAUCCGGCUGAGCUCCACAGAGUAUGGCGAACUGUGUGAGAAACUUCAGGCCCCCAUCCGUAGCGCGGCCAACGUGGUCAUCCACCAGAGCUUGGGCGACCUGUUCCUGGAGACAUUUGCCUCCCUGGUGGAGGUCAACCCAGCUUACUCAGUGCCCAGCAGCCAGGAGCUGGAGCCCUGCAUUGGCUGCAUGCAGACCCGAGCUAAUGUGAAGCUGGUGAAGACCUGCCAGGAGCCGGCCACAGGGGAGUGCCAGCAGUGCUAUUGCCGCCCAAUGUGGUGUCUCACGUGUAUGGGAAAGUGGUUUGCCAGCCGCCAGGACCCCCAGCGUCCUGACACCUGGCUGGCCAGUCGUGUACCCUGUCCUACCUGCCGGGCGCGCUUCUGCAUCCUGGAUGUGUGUACUGUGCGCUGAAUGUUACUGUGGGUGUUGGUGGGGCCUUUGGGGUCUGAGCCUGGCUCUGUCUCCAUCCAGCUGCGUUUAGGAGCAGCUAGUGCCCUGGGCCCCUGCCAAAGGCUGGAUGCCAAGCACAGCAUUUGCACCCCUCUUCCCAGGGCAGUCAGCACCUUCUUCUGCGCUUACUUGGCUCUGGAUGAGGCAGGUGCUCCACACUGAGUUCACCAAGGCCCGAGGCCCCUAGUGUGACCGAGUGGGCUUCACCUGGUCACGCUGCCUUACCUUUAUGGAGCACACUUGCUCUCAGUUACCAGCCAGACUCUUGUCUGACCCAACCUGCUCUCCAGCCCCGUCCAGCCUGGCCACUUGCUGGCACGCAGAGGCUGCUGGGAGGACCGGGGUGGAGCCCGGUGGUGGAGGGGAGAUGGGGAACCACUCUUCUGUGCUUGCCCAGCCUGGGGCUUCCUGGUGGCUGCUGGAAAUUGAGGGCCACCCCUGGAUCAGGAAACAGGUGUGGCAACCUGUGGAUAGGCCAAGUGGUACUUGAACAUUCAUGGGACCUGCCCUGUGCCUACAAGUCCUCACUGUGCUCUUGGUGCCUUUCCUGCUAACCCAGGCUACAGAAGGCCAAAGCCUCAGACACUUGGCCUAGGGCAAGGGUGGAGGGAGGUGUUGCAGAGUUAAAACCCCAGGUGUCGUGGUGACACCUAGAGCCUUGUCUCCUGGGACUGUGUAGAGCCAGGCCUUAGGCCUGGGUGGGUCUCAGCAGAGGCACAUGCCUCUGAGGGGCAUGCUGCCCGCUCCACAUGGUGCAGGUGGGAGACUCGGCAAAGGCACGCGUGCUGGGUCUUCACACUGUGGCCCCCACCAGAAGCCGCCUGACUUUCAGCCGCCCCUGGCCCAGGCCCGCUCGGCAGAGCAAGGUCAGUUCUACAGGGUGGGAGUGCUGGCGU